UGCCUACCAGCCAGCAGUUCCCUCCCUAUGGAAUGAAGGAUAAAAGUGAGAAAACUACUGAAGAUCCUUAAGGAAAUGAAAUUCCCUAAAAUUUGGAUUGAAAAGGAGGGAAAGUUGUACUCAGAAUAUCCAAGACAAAGAGCUCAUUCCUGGAUUUUUGAAGAAAAAGGAACUAAGUGAACCAGUUGCCAGGACAACCUGUGUUGUGGAGAAGGGGUGGGACAAGGAAUGGGUGACCUAUGGGUACUUCUGUUUUUGCCUCUGUCCAUGGCAGCCUUUCAUGGGGUCAAAGGCUGUUUGGAGUGUGACCCCAAAUUCAUAGAGGAUGUUAGGACCUUGUUGGGAAAGCUGAUACCUGUAGAAGUUCCUGGGAGAACUCAACUGCUUGGCAGGCAGCAUAAGGAGAUAACCCACUUAAGCUCCAAGGUCUCCCACAAGGAUAAGACUCUUCGGUUGUUGGCUGUUCGAAAUGUUGUCAAUUUGAGAGAAUGGCUGAAGCAUGAAUUUUAUAGACUGGGCAAUGAAACAUGGAAAGGUGUCUUUAUCAUCCAAGGCAAGCUUCUUAAAGUCCGUCAAAACCUGGAAUCAGAAAUGAAAGAAAUACUAAAGAAGUUCUCUGAAAUUGCUUGCUCAGAAGAUUGCAUUGUAACUGAAGGUCCUGUCCUUGACUGUUGGACCUGUCUUCGCAUGACCACCCGGUGUUUCAGAGGAGACUAUUGUAAAGAUGAGAAUCCAAAGAAGGCUGAAAAUCGAGAAAUUGCACUAUAUCUGAUAUUGAUGGCAGAAGCUGUAAUAUUGGCAAGUGCUGUGUUACUAUUUCAUUUUUGCAUCUCACAUCGAAGGAAAAUGAAGGUAAUACGAAGGACAUUGAGGACAUAUUUGGAGAAGAAACUUGAAGAAUUAGUGGGGAUUGUAGAUAAGGAUGAUGAGAAAAAAUAUUUGGAUAUCCAGAAAUCAAAUUCAGUGUCUCAGACAGGAGAUCCUUCAAGUGCUGAGUCACAGUUUCAAACUGGGACUUGAGUUCCUACAUGGUCAUGAAAUCACAGCAUCUUAAAAGUGGAAUAGAACUUAGGGUUUCUCCAGUGAACAUCCUUACUGACAUCC